UGUCCCGAUGAGCUGAGGGCCGCUAUGGACUUACAGUUCAUUUGUUGGAUUCUUCUGGCAAGUCUGACCAUUUCCAGAGGAUGCCAUGAAGGCCAGUGGCAGUGUGAUGAUGGAAACUGCAUCCCUGAUGUCUGGAGAUGUGAUGGCGAUGGAGACUGUCUGGAUGGAUCUGAUGAAAUGGAUUGCACUGCACUCCCAGGCUCUCCUGAGUGUCCGCCGGGUCAGUUUCCUUGUUUGGACUCUGUCGGCUGUGUGGAUUCUUCGGCCCGCUGUGACGGACAAAUCCAGUGUCCCACCGGCUCUGAUGAGGAGAACUGUACAGCUACCCAGGACUGUUUGGAGUCUGACUGGACCUGUCGAAACCACAUCUGUAUCCCCAAAGAGCAGCGCUGCAACGGACUGAAUGACUGCCUGGACAACUCUGAUGAAGAGGACUGUGGUCUGUGUGGCGAGGAGGGCAUACGGUGUCCUGAAGGGACAUGUCUGUCUGCUGAACAGAGGUGUGACGGGCAGAUUGACUGCUCAGAUGGCAGUGAUGAGCCCAUAACAUGCGGUCGUAUUUGCUCUAUGAACAAUGGUGGCUGUAGCCAUGUGUGUGUCGAUGUAGCCUGGGGAGUUCUGUGUGCCUGUCCUGUUGGAUAUAAGCUCUCUCCCAAUGGAGCAGUCUGCGAAGAUUUGGAUGAAUGUGCCCCACCCUUUGCUCCCUGCCCACAUCACUGCGCUAACACCGUCGGAUCAUACUAUUGCCACUGCAGAGACGGAUUCAAACUCAAUGGAAGCUCCACAUGUCUAGCUACAGGUGAUGCUAUCAGAUUGCUAACGGUGCAGAGGAGAUCUAUCAGUCUGUUGAAUGUGAAGUCUCAACAGUUUGAAGUUAUCCAGACUCUAGUGUCUGACCCAGUGGCUUUGACUUUUGAUCUCACCCGGGGCUGGUACUACUGGGCUGACAACCAUGGCGGCAUUUACAGAAGUGAUGGAGAGCACAGCUCGACAAUCUAUACUGGAGAGCCUGGAAUCAAGGGUCUAGCCUGUGAUUGGCUAAAUGGAAACACAUACUGGACCAAUGAGAAGACGGAGUCAAUCUACAUGCAGGCAGCUGAUGGGAAAAGUUACACUACUCUGUUGAGCAAAGACAUCAGCCCAUCAGAGUUGGUGCUUAUAUCUGUUGAGAGCUUGAUGUUCUGGAUCAACACCGGCCAUGGCGACAGAGUGACAAUAGAGAAGUCAUGGAUGGAUGGGUCGGAAAGAAGCUCUCUGACUGCGCUCACUGCUCAGUCUGCUCACAGCCUCACUGCUGACGUGGCUGCCAGGAGGCUGUACUGGAUCAGCGCCUUCAAGAAGUCUAUAGAGACGGUGAAGGUGGACGGGACGGGCCGUUACUCCAUCACAGGACUGUUCAACAGGAGGCCAGCUCUCAGUCUGGCUGUAUUUGCAAGUUCCUUCUACUGGGUGGAUGACAAAGGACUGUGGCAGGUUCCACAGAACCAACCGGACCAGAAGACAUUUAUCUGGAAAGCGGCCCUGCCAGUAUUAGCAGUCUACCAUGAGCUACAGCAGCCUGAAGGUUCUUCUGCAUGUGGAAAGACUCAUUGUCACCUCUGCCAACUAACUAAAGGGAACCCUGUCGGAUUCGUCUGUGCUUGUCCAAACUCCAAAGUACUGUUGCUUGAUGGGACGUGUGAAUAUCCAAGGUUUAUAUACGCUACCUUUACCAACAUCAACAUGCUUGAGUUCAGAGGCAGAGAGUCCACUAAAAUCCAGCUGUUUGACACUGACGAUGGGAUCCUGUCGUUUGAUCUGGACUGGUAUAGAGACUGGCUGUACUGGACUAACCAAACUGGCCACAUCCAACGCACCAGUGUAACCCAGGUGAAGACUGAGGUGGUCACAACCCCUUUGCCAGUUUGUCUGAUAAAAGUAGACCAGAGGAGAGGGAGCCUAUUUUGGGUGUCAUGUGACCAACACAGCAUUGGCACUGCCGCAGCCGACAAUCGAUAUCCAAAGCAGCUGUACCAUACAACAAAGGAGAUUCGAGACCUGUAUCUGGACUGGCUGAGGGGUGGCAUCGUGUGGCUGGAGGAAGAGCAAAUCUUCACCAUGAGCAUGAUGGGAGGCAAAGCCAAAGAGCUGCUACACUUAGCAGGAGGAGUGAGGGGGAACAUCGCCUUCGACCUCAGGGCCAAUAGUUUGCUGUGGAACUCAAAAAGGGCAGGUUUGACAACAAUGAGUUUGCUGCAGGAAAGAAGCCACCGAGCAGGUAGAAGAUGGAACAUUUCAGGCUCAAUCGUAGCGGCCUUUGAGCCUUUCCUGUUGUCCCUUUCUGAUGAUGUCAUGACUUUGUGGGACCGGCGUGAUGGGAGCGCCAUCCAAGAGGUGUCUGUAAGGGGUCAUGUGUUGAGUGUAAACGUUGCACUCAGGGACAUCCGUACAGUGUCCAAUACUCCAGUCUGCAAUGAACCCUCUGUGCUGUGCCGACACACAUCGGUCUGCCUCUCACAAGCCCAGCUGUGUGACGGGAAAAAGGACUGCCCUGAUGGAGAUGAUGAGGAGUUUUGUGAAACCACAUGUCCAUCUAAAGAGGAUUUCAAGUGCAAGGACCGCAGGAGUUGUAUUUCCAGGAAUCUUGUUUGUGACGGUCGUUCUAAUUGCCGUGACAGCUCAGAUGAAGUUGACUGUCCGACUGUAGCCGCUCCUGCAGCUCGGGCAAAUAUCCUGAAGUGUCGCACAGGCUCAAUGCCAUGUAAAGACGGCACAGAGUGUGUUUUAUACAGCCACGUGUGUGAUGGGGAAGAAGACUGCCGGGAUGGAUCAGAUGAACUGGGAUGUGAUGCCACAGAACAGAAUCUAUCAAACGAAAUGCCACCUGCUACCAAAGCUCCUGCUCCGACUGUGCCAGCCUGCAGAAGCCCCUCUGUGCCCUGUCCCCAUUCCUCCACUCACCUCUGCAUUUCUCCAAGCCAGUUUUGCAAUGGGCGUAAAGACUGUCCUGAUGGCUUUGAUGAACAAAACUGUGUGAAAAGAUGUCCCUCAAGAGACGACUUCCGCUGCAAAGACCGUCGAAGCUGCGUCUCCAAGACACUGGUCUGUGACGGUCGCUCUCAUUGCCACGAUGGCUCAGAUGAGGUCAACUGUCUGAGCAUAGCUCUUCCUGCAGCUCGAACAGAUAUCCUGAAGUGUCGCAUGGGCUCCAGCAUGUGUCGAGACGGGACAGAAUGUGUCCUCCUCAGUCACGUUUGUGAUGGAGAGAGAGACUGCCGGGACGGAUCAGAUGAAGAAGGAUGUAAUGCAGCACAGAUUGACCCUACCACUGCUACAGAAAACUUAAAUGAAUCACCUUUAGGUGUCAAACCAUUUACUGAGCCUGCCACCAAGCCAUCCUGCACUAGCCCUUCAAUUCUGAUUUUCUCUGCAAAGACCGUCGGAACUGCAUCUCCAAGAGCCUGGUUUGUGACGGCCGCUCGCACUGUCAUGAUGGCUCCGAUGAGGUCAACUGUCCAAGCGCAACUCCACCUGCAGCUCGGGCAAAUGUUCUGA